AUGGAUCGGCCGCUCGUGGGUCUGAGGGUGCGCCUUGUGCUGGACGAAUGUGUGCCGGACGCGCCUACGGAGCCGUCGGUACCUGCUGGCAUUGAGGGUAUUGUUUUCGCGUAUGAUGAGCGUCGGAACCUUUUGGUGGUUUGUACGCCUUCGUCAUCGGGUGCAGAUCUGUACGAUGUGCACGUUCUACGGGCUUCGCACGUGGCAGAAGUGCAGGUUCUGAGCGAGGGCAUCGAAGCGAGUCAGCGGCAGUCGCGCUGGCGGAGUGGACGCGAGCGAGCGCUAUUCUCUGGCGGUUCCCUUCCUGCACUCAGUAUCGAGGCACUCCGGCAGCGCGAGAGUCGGAGUUUAGCCCGGGCGCGUGAGCGGUCUUCGAAGCUCGGGCGGGGCGUGAGUGUGCUCGGCCAACUGGUCUUCGACGCCCUCGACAGGACGCUGCCGUGUCGCUGGGACGAGCCGAACAUAAUCGUGCUUGACUCUGUCUAUGUGCCGCCGCCGUAUACAGCGGAGGGAGUUCGCUCGCUGGACGACGACGAGGCUGCGGCGCAGCGGGUACGACUCGUGCUCGAGCGCGAGCUUCCACGACUCGUAGCGGGCUCAGCAGCUCUGGACCCACAGGACGGGUAA